AUGGAAUCCGGUAAAAAUUAUCAAAUCGUACCGUAUGGGCAUAAUUUAAAAUUGGAAAACGAAACGAUCGUUAGAUCCGUAUUUACGAAAGGAAAAUCUAAAAAAAAUCUAUUCGAUCCUAAAAAAUCAAUCGAAAAAAAUAUCGAUGAAAAUCGUUCGAUCGAUUUAUCGAAUUCGGAAACCGUUGAAAAACCUGCAAAUAAAGAUGUCAUUGUUAUAAAAAGUCCAAAACCACGUAAAACGAAAAAGAAUAAAAAUUCACCUAAUCAAAAAAUAAAUAAAAAUAAAGAUAAAAAUAAAAAUGAUAAUGAUGUUGAUUCGGACGAUGAAGAGGACGAUGAAAAAUUAAAGCCUAAGAAUGAAUCGGGUGCUAUAUUUUUUUACAACAAAUUUAAAAAAGCGACUAAAAGAAGAUUAACAAAAACAAGACUCAAAUUGAAAAGUAAAUUACAUCCGGAACAAGAUUUUAAAGGACCCUACAUAUACGAUUUUGAAGUUGCGGUACAUUCACAAACGGCAAACAUGUUUUAUUAUAAGGAUAUAACGGUUCAAUUAUUUUUCAAUACCCCUUAUCUACCUGAUUUUAUAAAUAUGUCGGUUCAAAUUGAUGCAGAAAAUAUAACGACUGGAAAAACUUUAAGCGAAUCGCACACAUUAUCCGAUUUUUGGUCUGUAAAAACGACGAUGAUAAAUUUAUUUUACGAAAGUUUUUUUUUCCCCCCUAUCGAUUAUACUCAAUAUAUGGACGACGAUAGAGAAAUGUUUUACGAAAAUGAAAUAUUAGGUGUACCUAGAAUGAGACAAGUUAGAGUAGAAGAUAAUUCAUGUUUGAUACAUCCCAGCAUGCAAAGAUUUUUCCGACAUUGUUUUAGUUAUUAUUCUAUAUAUACGGAAGAAACGGAACCGAUAAAAACUGGAAUGGAGGGAACAAUAUCAGAAACUGCUUGGGUUUACACAGAAGCAGAAGAAUUAAAUACGAGUAGUUAUUGGGGACAAAUAUCUAUUUAUGGCGGUGGUGGAUAUUAUGUAGAUUUAGGAAGAACGAAAGAAUCUGCAAUAAGAAUAAUUAACGAAUUAAGAGAUAAUGAAUGGAUAUCGAGAGCGACAAGAGCCGUUUUUAUUGAUUUUAAUAUAUAUAAUGCAAACGUUAAUUAUUUUUGCAUUUGCAAGAUUGUUAUUGAAUUUCCACCAAUGGGUGGCAUGAUACCAAAUGCCGAUUUUCAUCCACUUAAAUUAAUUAAAUAUUUAUGGUUUUGGGAUUUUGUCGUUUUGGGAUUGGAAUUUGUACGAUUUGUUUUUUUAAUUUAUUUUAUUUAUAUAUUGGUCAAUCGUAUAUUAACGCAAAAAUUACAAUUUUUCUUUUCUUUUUGGAAUAUUUUUGAAUUUUUUUUAAUUGCGUUAUCUAUUAUUCAUUAUAUACUCGCAUUAUAUUUAUAUGUACUCGUAUCAAAAACUAUAAAAAGUCUUGCAGAAAGAUUCACUCUUUAUACAGAAUUUGAUUAUAUAAAACAAUUACAUCUUUUAUAUGGUACAAAUUUUGCAUUCAUCGUUUUAUUUUCUUGGUUAAAAUUAAUUAAAUAUCUUAAUUAUAAUACAAUAAUGGUAGAAUUUCAAGAUACUAUUGCUAGAAGUGUUGGAAGCAUUCUAGCUUUUUUCCCCAUGUUUUUAAGCAUGUUUACCGGAUUUUCUUUAUUAGGAUUUCUUUUAUUCGGUAGUCAGAUAAGAGAUUAUAGAACUUGGUGGUCUUCUUCUUUGUCUCUUUUACAAACAAUUAUUGGAGAAUUUGAAUAUCAAGAAAUUCAAAAUGCCGAACCAGUAUUUGGUCCAAUUUUUUAUAUUGUUUAUAUAUUUUUUAUGGUAUUUUUGGCAUUGAAUGUUUUCAUUGCCAUUAUUACUGAUGCUUAUACUCAUGUUAAAACCAAAGUAACAACUAGAGUUCCUAAACAUGGACAUUAUUUAAAAAGAGGUUUUAUGAAUGUGUUAACACCUUGUGGAUGGGAUAAAAAAUUUGCGAAAUUUAACGUUAAAGAAAAAGCGGGUUUUACCGAUUCCGAAAUUAAAAUAUUUUUUUCAAAAUAUGAUAUUAAUAUGAAUAAUAUAUUGAGCGAAGGAAUAAAAGAUAAAAUAAUUAACGAUUUAGAAUUUAAAAUAGCAGAUUAUGAAGAAUCAGCAGAAGAAUUUGAAAUUAAAUUGUUAAAAAGGAGGAUGAAUGAAGUUUAUGAUAAAAUUGAAGAUAUAGAAGCCAAUUUACAACCGAUAUUGGAUAAAGUUGAUGCAUUAUUACACAAAUAUUAA